AGAGAUCACUCCAGUAUAUGCACUGCCUGGAGUUGACUCAGAAUGUUAUGCUUGAAGGUCCAACUCUGUCUCCAGGGUACCACAUCCUGGACUGCAAUUUACUAAUUAAGUAGAGAGAGAGAAAGAGAGAGAGAGAGAGAACCAGAGUAUCACUCUGUCAUAUGUGAUAUGUGAUGCCUGGGAUUGAACUUCAGAACCUCCUAUGUGAAUAUUUAGUGUUGUACCCACUCUCCCACCUACUGGAUUAUCAUCACCAUCUUUUAAAAUCAGUCUCAAACCCCACCCGCACCCUUCACCAGCAGACUGCAUUUAUAUUAAAAACCUAAGGCUGUGGAUGAGAGACACCAAAUUAAAGUCUGUGUGUUUGUACACACUGAGGUGUGGAUGGAUGUAUAGCAGAGAACGUCAGGAAUCCUUGACCUUGUAGUCCAUUUUUGUGUUUCAGGGACUCUUAAUCAUCUUUCAAGACUGGGCUCAGGAUUUGUAACAUUCCUAAUUCUAUCUUGAAUCUGUUCUUCCUCUGACUGCAGCAGACCUUGAUUUAAUGUCUCUGUGGCCGUAACAUGAGACAUCAAGCGCUACGGGAGAAAUAAAGGCUAUUAUUGCCAGAUCGGCUUUUCCAUUUGUAACAAUGUUAGCCUCAAGCAAGAGGAUGAUCAAUUCAUCACGUCCCCAACUGCUUCUAAUGUGGAAGUCAGGCAAGGCUCAGAGUGGACUCCACGGUGUUGAGAAGGAAACCCUUGCUGCAAGACUAUUCCAUGACACUGAGACCUGUCGACAGAAUUUUAGGCAUUUUUCAUACCCAGAAGUGGCCGGUCCUCGAAAGGCACUGAAUCAACUUCGAGAGCUCUGCCUUAAGUGGCUGAGACCUGAGAUUCACUCAAAGGAACAAAUCCUAGACCUGCUGGUACUGGAGCAAUUCCUGACCAUCCUACCUGGGGAGGUUAGGACUUGGGUGAAGUCCCAGUUCCCAGAAAGCAGCGAGGACGUGGUCACUCUGGUGGAGGAUUUGACUCAGAUUCUGGAAGAAGAAGCUCCUCAGAAUUCUGCACUUACCCAAGAAAGCUCACAGGAGGACCCUAUGGGAAGACAGGCCUUCCGGAGAGGGUGGUUAAAUGACUUGGUGACCAAAGAGUCAGUGAAUUUCAAAGAUGUGGCCGUGGACAUCUCUCCGGAGGACUGGGAGCUAAUGCGUCCUGUGCAGAAGGAAUUGUACAAAACUGUGACAUUGCAGAACUAUUGGAACAUGGUCUCUCUGGGGCUUACUGUGUACAGACCAACUGUGAUCCCCAUGCUGGAAGAACCAUGGAUGGUGGUGAAGGAAAUUCUAGAAGGCCCCAGUACAGACUGGAAAACAGAAAUUCAAGACUGUUCUUCAACACAGAGUACUUUAAAACUCACAAAGGAGGAAACCCAGACCAUCAAAUUGGAAGGACCAUAUGAUUAUGAUGUAAGUUUAGAGAGUCAAACAGCAGAUACUUUCAAAAGAAUUUCUGUAAAUGAAAGAGAUUUGAGGUUGAAGCCAGACCUUUCACAAGAAGAUGAUCUGAUGGAAGACUAUCUUAGUAAAUAUGAUAUAUACAGAAAUAAUUUUGAAAAGCAUUCAAACCUAAUUAUACAGUUUGAUGCCCAAUUAGAUAAUAAAAUAUCUAUGUAUAAUGAAGGCAGGGCAACCUUCAGUCAUGUCCCUUAUGGUAUUGUACAUGGGAAAAUUCUUCCUGGAGAGAAGCCUUAUAAAUGUAAUGUGUGUGGGAAAAAAUUUAGAAAAAACCCAUCUUAUGUGAAACACCAAAGUACCCAUACCAAAGAGAAAUCUUAUGAAUGUGAAGAAUGUGGAAAAGAAUUUAGACAUAUUUCAUCCCUUAUUGCACAUCAAAGAAUGCAUACUGGAGAAAAACCAUAUGAAUGUCACCAAUGUGGUAAAGCCUUCAGCCAACGUGCACAUCUCACUAUACAUCAGAGAAUUCAUACUGGAGAGAAACCCUAUAAGUGUGAUGACUGUGGGAAGGAUUUUAGUCAACGUGCACAUCUUACUAUACAUCAAAGGACACAUACGGGAGAGAAGCCGUAUAAAUGCUUGGAAUGUGGUAAAACUUUCAGCCAUAGUUCAUCACUGAUUAAUCACCAGAGAGUUCAUACUGGAGAAAAACCUUAUAUAUGCAAUGAAUGUGGAAAGACAUUCAGUCAAAGCACACACCUUCUUCAACAUCAAAAAAUACAUACUGGAAAGAAACCAUAUAAAUGUAAUGAGUGUUGGAAAGUGUUUAGUCAGAGUACUUACCUUAUUCGACAUCAAAGAAUUCAUUCUGGAGAGAAGUGUUAUAAAUGUAAUGAAUGUGGAAAAGCCUUUGCUCAUUCCUCAACUCUUAUUCAGCAUCAGACAACUCACACAGGAGAGAAAUCUUAUAUAUGCAAUAUAUGUGGGAAAGCCUUCAGCCAGAGUGCAAACCUUACUCAGCAUUAUAGAACACAUACUGGUGAGAAACCAUACAAAUGCAGUGUGUGUGGGAAAGCCUUCAGCCAGAGUGUACACCUUACUCAGCAUCAGAGGAUUCAUAAUGGAGAAAAACCUUUUAAAUGCAACAUAUGUGGGAAAGCAUAUAGACAAGGAGCAAACCUCACUCAACAUCAAAGGAUUCAUACUGGAGAAAAACCCUACAAAUGUAAUGAAUGUGGAAAAGCAUUUAUCUAUUCUUCAUCACUUAAUCAACAUCAGAGGACUCACACUGGAGAAAGACCGUAUAAAUGUAAGGACUGUGAUAAAGAUUUUAGCCAGAGAACAUGCCUUAUUCAACACCAGAGAAUUCAUACAGGAGAGAGACCCUAUGUAUGUCGUAUAUGUGGUAAAAGCUUCACUCAAAGUACAAAUCUUAUUCAACAUCAGCGUGUCCAUACAGGUGCCAGAAGUCGUAAUCAACAUGUAAGACUUGACAUGGGUUUUGCAAAUUAGCCAUAUAACUUGUAUUUUGUACUCUUAACAUGUUUAAGAAAUGCAAUACCACUUUUCAGAAAUGUCAAAACUAGUCAUGUAGAUAGAACCUAUUUAAUGUGAAUCUUAAGAAAAAUUCAUUCACUACUUAAACUUUUAUUUCCUAUCAGUUAAAUUCAUUCCAGAAAGAAGCCCUAUAAAAGAGUA